GUGCUUCGGGGUUCUACUCAAAAACUGCUGACCCUCCCUGGGCGCACACUUUAGGGAGAGCAGAGUUGGUAGAUGUCCAAGAAAGCAAAAAUCACCGCACGUUAAGUUUGUUAACCAUAAUAGCUCUAUUCACACUUCUCUAAACCCUCCCAAACCUCGCCUACCGGUGCCGUACGAUAAUACGGUAAUUCUAACACAGUUACAAGUAUAGGCCCUCUACCGAUCCGCCAACUCGCCCCCCCAGUAAUAUACACCGUUGGACGUCGACCAUUCAUGAUCAUCCCUCGCAGCAUCACUCCCACAACAAAAAUGCCACAAAUUUCCUCCACUGCCACGCCCCCGGGUGACUACCCGCUACAGGCAUUCCGAUCCCAAUGGACCCAACCCAACGACAUAAUGUCACUUCUUCUCAUCCUAGGCGGGGACGUGAUUCAGCGAGCUCUGGCCCAGCUCGCAGGAGGCGGUCUGAUAACGCCCGUGGCGUUCUCCUUCGGAUGGGUGACAUACAGCAUAAGCGCGCUUCUGGCAGUUGUCGGCGAGAAUAAGCUCCUGCCGGUGUCCGACUGCUCCGGCCAAGUCGUAAACGUUCGCUCGCGAUACACACGGCAGAACAGCUCGUGGAUACUCGGACGGCUGAUGAGGGAUUUCUCGUACUGGCGGGGAAGGGAGGUGAGAGAGGCUGAGGGGGGGAUGGUAGCGAGGGGGGAGAGGAUUGCUCUUUGCGUUGCUGUGUACGAGGCGGAUCCUAAGAAGGUUGCUGGGGUGCCCGAUAGAGAUUGGGUGUGGUAUAGCGGCCUUGUAUGCGCUAUUCUGCAACUGGCUGUUUCGACUAUUCCGUGGAUUUUGCUGGAAGAUUGGUCCGUCUUUUUCACGACAGCUUGCGGCAUAUGUUUGGCAUUGGGGAGCGGUGCUUUCCCACAGUGGAGGGAGGAGAGGUGGGCUUGUCGGAGACGCACAAAGAAGACGGCUGUCCUGACGAGGGGGAAUGGGCACAAGGAUUGUAUCGUCAUUAUUGGCGGCGGGGUCGGGUUGGAUUUGGAGGAUUUGGCUGGGGGGCGGGGGGUUGAUUUGCCUCAUACUCGAUACUGGGCGAGUUUCAUGGCGGCACUUUGGAUUGCCCUCUUGAUCGCAGUUUCUGGACUGAAAAACAAUACCUGGUUCUUAUUAGCGGUAGGUGUUCUUGGGAUGAUACAGAAUAUCACUGUCUGUGGUGCCCCACGAAACCCGAGCGCUUUUGGAAUUCACCUCCGGUUCAAAGAGGUGAUUGUCGAGAAGAAGGUGAUGGAAGCAUUGAAGACAACUGAGAGCAAGUACCCUUAUGUUGGCAGGGCGCUUGUUGAUGUCUUUUUCCCCGGUGGUCUACGGCCUGACGAGGAGGCAUAUUGGAAGGAAGUUCAUGAUAGUGCAAGGGCGAAAGACUCUGAAGAAAAAUAACCGUUUGGCUAUCGUUAAUUUUACGAUCUACCUGAACUCUAUAUACUGUAUUUGUACCUCAAUGCGGGAGAUUUCCGCACCGUAGCAAGAUUUAACGUAAAUGACCUAUCAGUUCUCAGUAGUAGUUUGUUCCC